UGAACGAAAUCACUUGAUUAACUUAGAUUUACAAGUGAAUAAUUGACCUUCCAAUGUAUUUUCAUACGACCUGUAGGCGUUGAUAAGGAUAAAUAAAUUGUUCAACAAUUAGUAAAUUACGAUUAUCAUAGGAAUUAUUUUAUACCCUGAAUAACCUUCACGAUUCUGGGAAUCAUUUUUUUCUUUACCCACAGAGUUUUGCUUUUUCUUUGUUCACAAUUUCAAACUUAAUCAUGUUCAUCAUUUUUUACUCUCAUCUCAAUAAAUUAGCUCAGUUAAUUGAGGCGAAUACAUUCUGGUAAGACAGAAUUAACUAAUUGCAAUCAAGUUUAAAUUGCAUCUUCUUCAUUAACAUUAUCUUCAUCAUCUUCAUCAUCGCCAUCAUCUUAACAAUUUAGCUAAAUCAUAUUCAAGACCUUGAAAUAUGUUGAUUAUAACAACUCCCAACAAUAUUGUAUAAAAAUUUACAUUUUAACAGAUAAUCAAACCAUUUGAUAAGCUUUAAUCAAUUGGUUACAAUCAAGAGUAACGUCAUAUUUUAAUCAUCAUCAUCUUAAUCAUCGCCAUAGUAAGAAACUUGAUUGUUCAUAAUUAAGCUGAACCAUUGCAACAAGAAAAAUAAAACAAUUCUUAAUUCAGUUGUUUUUUUUUUGUUUUCCCAUGUUAACUAAGCGAUACUCAUCAUCGUUACCAUCAUCAUCCUCAUCAUCUUCAUCUAAUUUAAAAGUGAUAACAAUUAGUUAACCGGAGAUAAUUUGAUCCACUUAAAUUACCAAUAUGAUUUUCAUUAUAACAACGACUAUCAUUUUCAAUUUGUUCAUUUGUGGUGGUCACUCAUGGGCCGUUGGAACUGAAUUCCCAUGUCCAGAUGAUCCUCAUCUCUUUGACCCUUGUCAUUGUUCAGUAGUUUCCUUUGAUUCAGUUAAUUAUUAUUCACAAAUUACCUGUUCAGGUGUAAAUGGUAAACAAAUCAAGGAAGCUUUUAAUCGGGCUUAUCAUGAUAAUAACCAUAAUCAUCACAAUAUUUCACGAUAUUAUGAUAUUCUGGUCAUUAAAGAUGUCGGUCUUUUAAAUAUCUGUUGUGAGGAUAUGCUGGAAGGAUUCAGAUUCAAGACAAUUAAGAUUACUGAUUCAAAGAUUUGUGUUAUCCAUGCAAAUGCCUUCACCUCAACUCAUAGUCAAACCAGUGAAAUUGUCCUGAUGGAUGUUACAUUUACACCGAAUCUUGUUGAUGGUGUCCAAUUGUUCAGAGUAGUUCGAAACUUUGGUAAUUUAAAAGGUUUUUACAUAAUCACAUCCAAUUUAGAGGAUGUACCAGCAAAUGCGUUUAACGGUGGAUCGAUCCAUUCCCAUGGAAGUAACUUUGGCAGUCAACUUGAGGUCAUUCGAAUUUGUAAUUCAAAGAUAACUCAUCUUCAUGAUUAUACUUUCACUGGAUUACCUCGACUCGUUUGGAUUGAUUUUGGUGAUAAUCAAAUAAAUCGGGUAACUGGUAAGACUUUUACAUUGGAUUAUCACCAAUACACUGAUGCUCCACUUGAGAUUAGUUUAAGUGGUAAUCGUUUACACAGUGAACAUAUUGAACCAGGUUCUUUUGACAAUGGUAACCUAACUAGGCCGACAACGAUUUACCUUAAUUCAAAUAAAUUGUCAACUUUGUCCGAGACAAUUUUCGAGCCACUUCUACGUCGACCCAAUUAUGUUAUUUACGUUGAAUCUAAUCCAUUUAUCUGUGAUUGUCGACAUCGAUGGUUAUUCAAUCACAAGGAAGAUAAUAUGUUCCACUUGAAAGAGAUGAAGUGUACCGAAGAUGGACAAACAAUUUGGUCCAAAAAUUUGCCCAAUGUUUGUGAUCGAAGUCGUUUAAUUGUUGAAACUUCUCCACCGGGAGUCGAGGUUUUCCGAAAAUGUUGUCGAAAGAUCAAAUAUGAUCGCGAUCACUCAGCUGAUGAUCAUCAUCACGAGACUCAUAUUCACACAGCUCCAGCACGACAAGUUUACUAUCAUUCACCUCAUCAUCAGCAUCUUCAACAAACUCGACAACGAGAAUACUUGAUCAUACCCCAACAACGUCCAGUUCGAGAGUAUUUAGUUCAGUCCGAAUUCCUUGAGCAACAACAGCGACACUUUAAAUCAGCUUAGACAAUUUAAAUUAUGGUUCUCAUGGUUACUUUUAAUUGUUUUCGUCUCUCUUUCAACCUUUUUAAAGUCAAUUCUUCUCGUUAAUUGUGGUUAACUUAUUCUUAAUCAUUUGUUCAUUUAGGUUCCUAACUCAAAAUUUGAUUGUCUCACUGAUUAAGUUUUAAUUGUUCGUGUUUUAACUGUCUCUUUUGCUAAUUAUUCAAAUAAACUUUUUAUCACAUUGUUUUUUAAAUUGAA